AAUAAUCUCUCUCCAACAGAAUGACGAUAUGAAAGUAAUAAAAGGCGUCACGUUCAUCGUUCUCGUCUUCUUCUCCUCACUUCUCGGAACUGUUUUUCUUCUUUUUCCGCUUAUUCCUCUCGCAUGGUUUGCGCCGAAAUUAUGGAGAACAUGCGCCGAUCGUCUUGUUGGAUUCUGGUUAACUUUUCCAUGUUCCCUCAUCGAAUGGGUAUUUGGAGUGAAUUUCCGAGUAACCGGUGAUCUGAUCGAACGAGAUGAGCCAGCAAUUUUGAUAAUGAACCACCGGACCCGACUUGAUUGGUUAUUCUCGUGGAAUGCUCUUUACAAAAUGGAUCCAUGGCUUCUCACCACAGAAAAAAUAUCUCUGAAAGCUCCUCUCAAAAAGAUUCCCGGCGCCGGUUGGGCUAUGAGCAGUGGAUCUUACAUAUUCUUGGAUCGAAACUUUGAAAAUGAUAAACCAGUUCUGGAAAGGAUCGUAAAGUAUUACUCGGGCUCAGAAAAGAAAUAUCAGAUUCUUCUUUUCGCCGAGGGAACUGACAAAGGAGAGCGAGCAACUCGUUUGAGCGACGCUUUUGCCGAUAAAAAUGGAUUACCGAGAUAUGAGUAUGUAUUGCACCCGCGAACGACGGGAUUCAAAUUUUUGAUGGAAUUGAUGAAAAAAGAGAAUUAUAUAAAAUACGUUUAUGAUCUCACAAUUGCGUACAGUGGAACUAUAGUCGACACAGAAGCAAAACUUUUGGCUGGCAAUUUUCCAGAUAAAGUUCACUUAGAUGUUAAAAAGUACAAGCUAGACGAAAUUCCAACAGGAGAAGGGUGCGAGAAAUGGCUCACCGAUUUAUGGGCAACAAAGGAGAAGCGACUGAAAAAGUUUUACGAGCAGGAAGAGCGACUAGAAGCAAGUGGUGAUAGAUUCGAGUGGCCGGAGACAACUACUGGUAUCGGAUACUACGUGGCGUUUGCCUUUUGGGUUCUCGCAUCGCUUAUUUGGAUGGGUGCCAUCUAUUCGCUGCUAUGGGUCAAGAUUUACGUCUCAAUUGCGAUCAUCUUCUACCUGGCAUCUCUUCGAUUCUACAACGGAGCUGAAUUCGUUUUCCUCAGAUGGUUUGAAGCAAGACGCGACUGUGAUAAGACUAGUAAAAAGGAAUAGACAAAGUGAUUGUAUCAUUGUAAAGAUUGAUCGUUCAAAUUGUACCUUGCCCCCCCCCCCCCCCCCCCCCCUCCUCCAUGUCCCCCAAUCUUCUUUUUUCUAGUCGUGAUUUCCCAUUACAGAUUGUAUAAGCCAUUGACAUUGUAUAGAUAUUUAUUUGAUUUACUUGUUGUGUUUUUGUCUCUCAGAAUUUGAUGAUUUCAAGAAAAAAAUAUUUUGAGAUUUUUAUAAAUUUUUAUUUUAAUUU